AUGGGCAACACCCUCACCUGCUGCGUCUCCCCCGGCGCCAGCCCCAAGCUCGGACGGGCCCGCGGGGGGGCGGCCAGAGGCGGGGGGGUGGGGAUGGGAGGGGGGGCGGGGGGGCCGGCGGCGGCCGCGGGGCUCGACCGGAGGGGGGGCGCCUACCGGGACGCCUCGGAGGGGGAGUCGGGGGACUCGGACCCCGGCGGCGGCGGCCCCCACCUGCAACACAUCAGCGACCGCGAGUUCCCGGAUGAUUUAGCGUUGGAGUCGAAUCCAUCUGACCAUCCUCGGGCAAGCACAAUUUUCUUGAGCAAAUCCCAAACAGAUGUGAGAGAAAAGAGGAAAAGUAACCACAUCAACCAUGUUUCCCCAGGGCAGCUUACAAAAAAGUAUAGUUCGUGUUCAACAAUAUUUAUAGACGACAGCACAGUUAGCCAGCCUAAUCUUAGGAGCACAAUAAAAUGUGUGACAUUAGCAAUAUACUAUCACAUAAAGAACAGGGAUUCGGACAGAUCACUGGAUAUUUUUGAUGAGAAAUCUCACCCGCUCACGCGGGAAGAGGUUCCGGAUGACUACCACAAGCACGAUCCCGAUCACAAGCACAUCUAUCGCUUUGUACGUACACUCUUCAGCGCCGCGCAGCUGACUGCCGAAUGUGCGAUAGUCACGCUGGUCUAUUUGGAAAGGCUCUUGACCUACGCCGAGAUUGACAUCUGUCCAAGUAACUGGAAGAGAAUAGUUCUAGGUGCUAUACUGCUGGCUUCUAAGGUAUGGGACGAUCAGGCUGUGUGGAAUGUGGAUUACUGCCAAAUACUGAAGGAUAUUACAGUGGAAGAUAUGAACGAGAUGGAAAGACACUUCUUGGAGCUCCUGCAGUUCAAUAUCAACGUUCCUGCCAGUGUUUACGCCAAAUACUACUUUGACCUUCGUUCCUUAGCAGACGACAACAACCUGAGCUUCUUGCUGGAGCCCCUCAGUAAAGAACGAGCGCAGAAGCUGGAGGCAAUCUCCAGGCUGUGUGAGGACAAAUACAAGGACUUGUCGAAAGUUGCUAUGAGGCGAUCGUUCAGUGCUGAUAACUUAGUCGGUAUCCGCCGUUCUAACGCCAUCCUCUCCUGAGCAAGAUGGGAGGCUGCGACAAGCCAGCGUGUUCCUCCACACCGGGAGUACUACAGCCCCCCGUAA